CCACUUUUAAAGUAAGUAAAGUAUGAUUGCGAUCUUAUGUAACUCAUUGCUCAUUUAGGUUUCAACAAAAAUAAAUAUAAAAUGUAAUAAUAAUAAUAAUAAUAAAAAAACAAAACAAAAAGUUGGGUGAAGUGCGGUCCUCUUGCAUAUGAUACAUCCAUCUCUAAUGGAGCUUCCACUACCAACUUCACUUUCCAAUAUUCUCUAUUCCUCUUCUCUAUAUAAAGCGGUUUGAACCUAAAACACAUCAGAAAGAAGAAAAAAAAAAACAAAAAUGAAGCAGAAGUCUAUCUUCUUCCCUUUCUUGUUCCUUCUCAUAUUAUUCUUGAUCCUAUUACAUCUUCCAAACAAGGUUUCUUCAUCGUCGUCGUCGUCGUCGUCAUGGGCCUGCAACGGUUCCAUAGCAGAGUGCAACGAAGAAUUAUAUGAGAUGUUGAUGGAAUCAGAAAUAAGUAGAAGGUUUCUUGCAGAGAAAAAAUAUAUAUCGCCUGGUGCUUUGAAGAGAGACCAACCAGUCUGCAAUGGCGGCGCCAAUGGUCAGUCUUAUAGCAGCAGCUGCUUGCCUCCCUCUUCUAAUCCGCAUACUCGUGGCUGUUCUAAGUAUUACCAAUGUAGGUCUGAUUCUUAAAUCUGCAUGUAUCUUCUUUCUUUCUUUUUCUUUUUCUUUUUCUUUUUUGAAUUUUUCUUUUGGGAUGAAAUUUGGUCUGCUUAAUUAUGCUUAACAAAGAUUUUUAUAUACAUGUGUUUCAGCAAUUUGUUCAUAAA